AUGAUUGAAGAACGGUUCUCGCAGUUGCUGCUCGCCGACCAUAGUCCGGGUGCUGGGGGUGCCGCCGAGCACCCGGCGGCACAGCUUCAGCAUCCACACCGCACAGUCGGACACACCGCUGCGAUUCAGCGCGGCGAUGAAAUCCUGCUAACAGCAAACCCGACUUAUAUAUCACCUUAUACAACAGCACAGCAUCCUCCCCACUUAUCUAUUACAAUGGUUAAACCAACCUUCGUUGUCUACGCUCUAGCCACUGUGGCUGGUGUCCAGGCGUGCAAGAAGACCUGCACCAGUACCGGCGAAGUGAGCGGACGCUGCAACUAUAAAUGCACCGACGCAUGCCCCGAUCUGGGACCGACGGCGGCCCGCAAUAAGUUUCUUUCUGCCCUCCUGGAGGAUUAUGAUUGCCGGAAAUCGGGAGCUGCCGGUCUAUCCUGCAAGAAGACUGCCGCUUUUGGUUCCUGCGGCUCCCACUACUGGAAAUGCGGUGACGAUUGUUAGGCUGGCUCUACCAUACUUCUCCGCGCCAUUGAUAUCAUCAGGGUGUUUGCAACACCCGACGGGGAACGAUAUAGUUUAGCUGGAAAUUUGGCCCGUUUAUUAAAGGGAACUAAAUCCCUUUUUGUGUUGCCAACUACCAGUCACAAAAUGGUGGGGGACAGAUGAGAUGAUGGGGGUUAUACUAUGCCAAGAGAUGCCGAUGCUAGCUACUUAUUUCCAACCCAUUCUAUCAAUUAUAUUAAAGCUCUAAGAUAUUCCUCCUAAUAUCACCCCUGUUAUGUAUUACGAAUAUAAGCAGAAUUUAAAC